ACGUUGGCAGUCGGUGCUAGUGGCAAUUGGCAAGAAACCAGGCUUUACCCCUUUCUCUAUUUUUGGUUCGUUCUUCAUCCUCCAUUUAUAUUUCUCUUCUUCGAUCCGUUUUCUCAUUCGUUUCAAACUUCAAAUUGUUUUCAAAACCCUUAGAUUACGCCUCAAAUCAACUUCUUCAUACCCACAAUAUCUCUCUUCAAUCUUUAUUUCGAUAUUCAUUCUUGGGUUCUUUCUUUUUUACGGUUAUACUCAGAAGAGACGAACGGAAGAAGAAAUGGCGUCGAGUAUUGGAAUGAUGGAUAGUGCCUACUUCGUGGGUAGGAAUGAGAUAUUGACCUGGAUCAACAACAGCCUCCAGCUCAAUCUCUCUCGUAUUGAAGAGGCUGCAUCAGGUGCUGUUCAAUGUCAGAUGAUAGACAUGAUCUAUCCAGGGGUUGUUCCAAUGCACAAGGUGAAUUUUGAUACAAAAACAGAAUAUGACAUGAUCCAAAAUUACAAGGUUCUACAGGAGGUGUUCAAUAAGUUGAAAAUUGAUAAGCAUAUUGAAGUCAAUAGACUUGUUAAAGGCCGGCCUUUAGACAACUUGGAGUUCUUACAGUGGCUGAAACGUUACUGUGAUUCUAUGAAUGGUGGCAUUAUGAAUGAGAAUUAUAAUCCCAUUGAACGACGAAAUAAAACUGGAAAGGAGCGGAACUCAAGGGUUCCUCAGAAGGGCUCAAAAUCUUUACAGGCAAAUAAUAUGCAUAACUUUGCUUCUGGAGAUUUUGCUAGCCUAGUUCCAAAGCAAGGGAAAGCUUCUGUAUCAGCAGCUUCAGCAGAUGUUCAGGCCUUGUUUAAGGAGAUUACAGAUCUCAAGCUUUCUGUUGACCUUCUGGAAAAGGAAAGAGAUUUUUACUUUGCCAAGUUACGGGAUAUAGAGACACUUUGUCAAACUCCUGAAUUGGAUAACCUUCCAAUGUCAAUAGCAAUUAAGAAAAUUCUUUAUACUGCCGAUGCAAAAGAAUCUGCACUCCCAGAAGCUCAAGAGUACAUGAGCCACGUUGUUAAUGCUGGUGAACCUAAAGAGGAUGAACCUGAAGAGGUAGAUGAGACAACCAAUGAGAUUUAACUAAAUGGUUAGGCAAUCUUGCAGGCAAAAGGUCUAUCACCCAUGGGGCCUUCUCAAACAAAAGCUCAAUUCUCCAGUUAAUCCUAAUAAUUUAAUUGACGGUCUUUUUUUCUUUUUUUUCUUUUUUUUUUAAUAAAAUUUAAUUGAAGAUCUUGCACUGUGAAAUUUAAGAAUUGUAGACUGUUUCACUUCUUUUAUGCGCUGAUUACUAUUAAUCCUAAGAGCAACAGUAUGAACUGCUGU